AUGCACUACAUACGAUGCUUGAGCUCGCCUAAACUCUCGCCGAGCGGGAAAAACACACAACUCGAGGUCGUCUUCACCAUCACGACCGACCUGGGCGACUCUUUCCUCUCCCCGAAGGAGCCCAUCGAGUUGGAAGCCAUCCUCCAUGUCACGGCUGGCAAGAAGGACAGCAAAACGCUGCCCUUGUCCCAAAAGGGGCAGCUUGUCUGGAAGCGCGGCCAGAGAAUAGCGAAACCAGUCUUCCUGCUUCCCGCCAUCGUCACCCAGAUCAUCGCGGCGGGCCUCGGGGUGCAAGUUCAGAUCAGGGCAAGCCGGGCGAUUUCAGCCGAUAGAGCGUCUUUGAUUCUGUCUGAAGAGGCAAGCGGAUCUCGGGGGGCUGGCCUGGGGCUCGUUAUGUCAGUUUGGUUGACCCUCAGCCCGAAGUCCAAGGAUGGCCAGCGGCAUUCGACCCGGAAGUUGGGGCUGGGCGCAGCAGGCGGCACCCCGAUGACGAUUGAGAUGGAGGAGGAGCUCGGCGAGAGCAUUGCCCGGCAUAUCUGGGACGCAGGCGUGGUGGCCCUGUGCGCUCUUUCCAGCACUGUGUUUUCGCCCGCCUCAGCGACCAGUCAGGCACCUUGUGUGAGGGCCGUUGGCAAACUCUUGACCAAGCCAGAUUCACUAAACGUUCUGGAGCUGGGAUGCGGCGUGGGCGUGUUGGGUGUUGGGUUGGGGGCCCUCUGCUCCAAGGUCCGCCCUGAGGCGAGCAAGGAUAGCUUCGUCCUGAUGACGGAUCUGGAGGAGGCGGAAACACAGGCAAAGCUCAACAUGGAGCAUCUGCCCAGCGGGCAAACCGCCGCGCUUGCAUAUGAGAAUCUUGACUGGGAGGAAGGGAGACGGGGGAUUUUUGGAACGCAAACGAAGGCUCGGCGAUGGGACCUUGUCAUGCUUAGCGACUGCACGUACAAUGUCGAUAUGCUUCCGGCGCUGGUGGAGACUCUAUCGGCGCUGCAUGCCUCAAACAGGGCACACUCUGGAGACACCGCGGAGGAGUGGACAAGCCGGGUGUUCUUAGCUACAAAACCUCGUCACCCGUCUGAAAAGGCGCUGUUUGACUUGAUGGCCCAGCAUGGUUGGCAGAAAGCAGCCGAACAGGUCAUCCCUCUGCCCGUUCUUGGGUCUGAUCCAGAAUCGGUUGAGCUGUAUCUGUUUGAGAGGAGAGAUGAUCGUAAAAAAUAA